AUGACCCGACCGCGGCCGCUCACGCGGGCUGAGCAACUGGUACUCGAGGAAAACCCCGAAUCGCAAGACAGCCAAGCCAUCCUUGAUGCUCUCAAUGCAGAGUUCCGAGCCGCAACGUAUCGCGACCCCCUUGCAUUGCAGCCACAGCCCGGGAUAGAGAGCGGCAGGUUUGCAGAUGACGAUGCUGAGGCUGGAGACUUGGUCAUUUCAAGCUCAAGGCAAGCCGUUCAUCGGCAAGAUAGUUCCAAGCGGCAAGUUAUUACGCCACAUGGAUCUGCUGCCACUCCCCACGGUGAUGUGAAUAAUCUCACAGGCACAGGCACAGGCGCAGGCGCAAUUCACGGAGUGGGACGCGAGGACCCCCGGCCUCACCAACCAACGUCGCGACCAGGGUUCCGCGAACAAGAUUUGGACGAUGCUGUCAUAGCCGCGAGCAGCCCGUUCGGCCGAAAUGCACAUUCUCCAUCCCCUCCGCACAACCACGAUACCUCCAACCAGGGCGACGAACCCCCUGCCGUGCCAAUUGGCGCCGGUAGGCCACAAGCAAAAAGGAUGGACUCGUCACAGCAAACGCCUACGCAGCUCAAUGUAGAACGGGACUAUGGCCAAUUCUACCAACCUCCGCGGUCCAGCCCACCGCCUGAUACGCUGCGCUCGCAUGACGAGCGUGAACGGACGCUGCAAGCUGACGACACCGGCGCUGUCAACUUUGGCAACUUGAGUCCUGGCGUGCGGCCGUCGUCUCAAGUUUCGGAAGAUGCAGGCUUCGAAAACACUCGUGGCGAAUGGAGGGUGCCAGACGUGACUUCGCAGCAGCGGUCAAGCCAUGGCUACACUCCGUUGAAGCCCGGUGGUCUCCUGCCAGAGACGCCGAUGCCACCGAAGAAUCCCUUUGCUGUUCAGCACAACGCAGACGCCGGCGUCCCUUUUGCAGGGACACAGCUCUUUGAGCAGACUCCCGUGGUGACCUCGGCUAUAAAACUCCACAGCCCUACGUCCUCCCGACCUUCGCCAAACAUACUGCCCGAUGCCAUUUCUUUGAACAUUAUCGAGACGUCUCCCCUAAGGAACCGCGACAAUGUAUCCUCACCAACCGUUGUGCAUACAUCGAGCCCUAGUCGAGCGAAUAAUAUCACUGCAACUACCAAAAAAUUCAGGGUGUCUCCAAUCCAGGAAGAAGCCUUGGACGAUGAUAAAGAUGCUCAAGAUGACAUGAUUCCGGAAUCACCGACUGCGCAGCCGCUGAGGCCAUACGGAAAUCGACAACCCCAAGCUCAUUAUGAGACAAUGAAAAAGUCACAAGAACGCAAAGCAGUGGCGGAGGUCCCACAGGCCAUUGACAGUGACUCAGACGAUGCCGCUCUGAGGCGUAAGAAGAAGAUGGACAAGAUAAGGCUCCAGACUGCAAAAGAGAUGGAGAGAGUGAGGGUGCAGAUACCUUCACGGAGAGAUUUAAGCGAAAGUCGGAAUCGAAAGAGAAGAAGGCUGUCCUCGGGUGGUGAGGAAGAGACGCUUUCUACUAAAAACGCAAGCUCGGGUCAAACGGAGCUUGCUAAUACUGGCAACGAACCGCACACUUCUCAUAAAGCAUCAAGUUUGCCUGAGCAGAGUCUGUCAGCCGGAUCCACCAAAGCCACUCCAAGAGAUGCAAUAGUGGGCGAUGGCGGCAAAAGAGUUGCAGCUAUUCGACCAGGCAAGAGCAAAGAGGCACCCUCUGAGGAGAUGAUCCCUGCUACUAGCCCUGUGAGAUCUCUAUCAGCAGGAGCUCAGCAUGGUUCUCUACCAGCCUCUGAACCCGAGCUGCCUCCGUUAAUCGAGAAUGAGACGAGAGAAAAGGAGCGUCAGAGUGAAUUACAUACUUCGUCCUUGCCUCCGCCCCGUCGACAUGCGCAAAGAAUCUAUGGUAGGCAAGCACAGGGCCGUCGUCGGCAAAGAAUCAUUACUUCUUCAGAACCCAACGAGAGAGCAUCAGCUGAGCCAGAUCCUGAAGCUCAGAAAAGGGUUGAGAUUCAUAGCGAUGCACCUGCUAUACCUACCAGAUCAGCCGUGGCUCGCAGGUUGGCUAAACAUGGUGAGCCAUUGCAGACAAGCAAUACAGAAUCGGAGCUAUCGAAAUCAUCCCCUCCACGCUUGCGUUCCGCAGCGACAGGAGCAACAUCACGUCGGACUCAAAUGCGCGAGAAAUCGCCCCUUACACCCGUGCACCGUCGUGCGGUAGAUCGAGGAACUCAUACGUCGUCGAGCUUGGCAGCCUUGUCAACGCCAGUGGUCUCUGAGAAAAAUACGCCGGAUACACAGGCCUCCUUGAUAUUUGAUCAACCAAAGUCCACCGCCAGCGUACCUUCUCCGGCCCAGAGCCGAAAGACGCGGACUCGAAAGCCGGGACGGGAGUCAAGUGAGAAGACUCCGCAGCAAGCUGCUAAGCCGACGAAAACGAGUGUGCAAUCUGCGCGUGCAGAGCCUAGUUCUACCGAUGAACUGCAACAAUCACCGUCAAGCAGUGCUUUUGAAGUAGGUGUUUCCUCGCUGCGAUCCAGUAGAAUAUUUAAACAGAGCAUUGGAUCUACGUUUCGCGGACGAAGACUGUUUGAGGGCAUGGUAUUUGCGAUAUCAAUGUCGCUUGACAAGGGGAAUCAAAAGACGCGUGCAAAUCUGGAGACAAAGAUCAAGCAGGCCGGUGGUCUCAUCUUGGAAACUGGCUUUGAAGAGUUAUUUGAGCCUUCCACUGUCAUGAGCGCCUACGAUGUGCCAGUCGCUGGCGAUGGAGAAGCUCUCAGCUUAUCUAAACCAAGUCUAAGCUACGGCUUUACCGCACUGAUAGCAGACAGCCACUCGCGAAAAGUCAAGUACAUGCAGGCAUUAGCUUUGGGAUUGCCUUGUCUGGCAUAUCAGUGGGUCAUGACUUGCCUCAGCAAGGGAGCUCUGAUUGAUUGGGAGCCGUAUCUCCUUGCAGCUGGAUCAUCGGCCGUCUUAGGGAAUGCUGUGAGAUCCAGAUGCUUACGCCGAUACGAUGCAGGAGACGCCAGGCUCGCAGAGAUGGUUGAGCAACGGCCGCAGCUACUUGCAGGUGAAAAACUCCUUGCAAUUGUGGAUGAAUCAAAGACACGGAAUGAGGGAAAGAAGAAGAAGAGUGACGUGGAGAAGAAGCCGUACAUGUUUCUCGCCCAGGCACUAGGACCAUCUAUCUCAUGGGUUUCAACGAUACAGCAAGCUCGCGAACUGCUAGAGGCACAUGAUAAGGCAGGCAAGCCGUACACCUGGUUAUACAUGGAUAGAUCUAUCGGCACCGUCGAAUCGGUGCUCACGAUAUCCGAGCCCACAGGGAAGAAACGGCGGAGAUCUCAAGGACCUUUAGCGACGAGGAAUGUCCGUGUUUUAUGCGAUGAGCUUAUGAUUCAGAGCCUCAUUCUUGGCAGGAUGGCAGAGGAGGAUGAGAUGGAUUACGCAGGAGAGAAGAGCUGA